GUAGACCCCAGCAACAGCGCAGGCUCCAGACCGGGUCCGUUAUGGCUGCUGACAUCCUGGGAAGGAUGAGGCGCAUCGCGCAAGCGAAACUGCUGCCCGAAUCGGGCAUCCGGGUUCCUGCGGGGCUGGCGCAGCCGCUCGUCCUGGCACUCCUGCUUGCGUACGCCCCCUUCACUGUUGUGUCACUGAAAUCAAACCAAACUGUACUCAACUCAAAUAUUUCUACCCUGAAUGUGAAUGCUUUAACACAUGAAAACCAAACGAAACCAUCUAUACCCCAAAUCAGUACCAUGUUCCUUCCCACAACCAAUACAGAGAAAAGUAGGGGUGUAUCUGUGGCCCCUCGUCCCUCACCCACUACUCUGUUCCAAGAGGAAGCCGAUAACAAUGAAGAUCCUAGCAUAGAGGAAGAGGAUCUUCUCAUGCUGAACAGUUCUCCAUCCAUAGCCAAGGACACUCUGGACAAUGGAGAUUAUGGAGAAACAGACUAUGACUGGACCCCGAGUCCCAAGGAUGAUGACUCUGAUGGCACCUUGGAAGAAAACAGGGGUUACAUGGAAAUUGAACAGUCAGUGAAAUCUUUUAAGAGCCCAUCUUCAAAUAUAGAAGAGGAAGAUAGCCAUUUCUUUUUCCAUCUUAUUAUUUUUGCUUUUUGUAUAGCUGUUGUUUAUGUUACAUAUCACAACAAAAGGAAGAUUUUCCUUUUGGUUCAAAGUAGGAAAUGGCGUGAUGGCCUGUGUUCCAAAACAGUGGAGUAUCAUCGUCUAGACCAGAAUGUUAAUGAGGCAAUGCCUUCUUUGAAGAUCACCAAUGAUUAUAUUUUUUAAAGCACUGUGAUUUGAGUUUGCUUAUUAUGUAAUUUUAUUUGCUUGACUUUUUAUAAGAUAUUGUGUAGAUGUUUGCCCUAGGCAAUUGGUACUUAAAUGAGAGGUUGGUCUCUCUUUUGCCUUGGUGCUUUGGAAAUUCAGUGUCACAAACAAGGAGUAUAUAAUUUUUUAUCUAUACUUUUAGAGUUGAAUUUAAUCAAGUGUCCAAAAUUUUGAGUUAAACAUUACCUUAUAUUUACACUGUUAGUUUUUAUUGUUUUAGUUUAUUAUACUUAUGGAAUUUAGUGAUGCUACUUUUAAAAGAUCCCAAACCUGUAACUAAAUUCUAACAGAUCUGGUUACUGCUGACUCAGAUUCACCCCUGCCAUCCAAAUACUAUUUUUUUAAGUGCACAUUUCUCUGUGGUCCCAAACUGUAAUGUAUAAGGAAAUGUGUUGAUAAUGCUUCGCAUUUCAUAUUUUUUCUUCCAAGAAAACAGCUUUGGGUAUUUUUAGAUACUUUAAACAUAAUUUAAGAUAGUGAUAUUACUUAAUCUGACCAGUUUUCGGUAAUCCAUUACAUAACUCUAGAAAUUUUGGCAGUAGAGACUGCAGUUUGCUUUAGACAUAGAUAAAAUGUUAAGAGAUACCAUUUUUUGGUUUGAAUUAACUAAGUUAAAUUUAGAGGUAGAAACUGCGGUAAAAUAUUAAACACAUACAGAGUUACUUUUAGUUAGCAAUUGAUUGUAGCCUGGGUUCCUCCAAGGUUUUAAGCAAUGGGCAGAGUUUAAUAUUAUAUCACAUUUGUUCACUUUAUUAUUUUAUAGUAAGUUUGAAUAACUCUUAGGGGACAUUAUCACUUAAAUAAUACUGUAUGUAGGUCUUUCAAAUUAAACUUAUGCCUGAAUGAAGUUGUUUGUAUACAUAAAGGUAAUGACCUUUUCUCCCCAUACUUGUUUUAUUUUCUCUCUUUUUUUUUUAACAGAACUGGAAAUUAUUUACUUUAUUUUUGUCUGUAUUUCUAUCAUAAAGAAUUGAUCAAUGUGUAAAUAUGUGAUUUGAACCAUGGUUGACUUACAAGUGUCACUAUAACUUUUCAGAAAAUGUAACCCCUAAUAUAUGUUAAUCAAGGCCCAGGUGAGCCAGGGCUUGUGCUUUGUUUAGAGAUGGGAUGAGAAGGCUGUCCAUCCUGUCUUUCAGGUGGACAGUGUACUUUCCUGAUAAGGAGAGGAAGCACAAUGGAAAUAGACCUGAACUGUUUUUUGCAGUAAUUUUUUUCAUAUAUGAAAUUGUAUUAUUUAAUAUUUUGAAUAAGAUUUUAAAAAAUAAAUGGCAAAGAGACAAAUC